GGCGGCUUCGACCGAGGGGGCGGCGGCAGCGACAGCGGCGGCGGCGGCGGUGGCGGGUGGCGGGGACAGUGGUGGCGAGGCAGGGAAUACGAGCAUGCCGACGGUGGCGGAGAUGGUGGAGGAGGAGCGCGGGCGGAGGCGGAGGCGGGGGAAAGUCGUGGUGUACAACGAGGAGGCACUGCUCAAGUCGCAGUGGCGCGACUCGGAGAAGAUGAAGAAGGCCAUGAAGGUGGAGGAGAUCGAGGCCAAGAAGGUCCGCAGGGCACACGCCCGCCGUCGUGCCGCCGAGAAGAAGAAAAAGGCCGCAGAGCGGAGGCGCAAGGCAAAGGCUGCUGCUGCUGCUCGGCGGAAGAAGAAGGCCGCAGAGGCGGCCGCGGCCGCUGCUGCCGCUGCUGCUGCCGCUGCUGCCAUGGACCCCGGCGAUGCCGCUACGCUGCAAGACUCAGUCGGCAGUACGGUGGGCGGGCAGAAAGUCGAUGCUGGGAGCGGGGCUCAGGCUUCCGCAGCGGGGAUGGGUGCCGGUAGUAGUGGCGCAGCGAGCGUCAGCGCGAGUGCGAGCGCGGCGUCGACGCCGGCGGCUACGCCGAGUAGGGACAGCCGCAAUGCGCGGCACCCGCGGCAUCCGCAGCAUGGAUACGUCAUCUACGACGACUACGGCCUGCCGAUUGUGGUUGAUCAACUGCCGAAGCGCGUCCGCAAGCGAGCGCCGGCGGCGGUAACGUCGGCGCAGGCUGCGGCUCAGAACAGGCCAAUGGUUGCCCGUAAGCUCCUCGACGUUCCGUCACCGCCGACAACACCCGGUCGGCGGGCAGGGCUUGCUCGCCCAGACCGCAAUUCGCCGCGACUCUCUGCCAAGGCAUCGGGCUCGGCGCCACCUUCGGCGUCUAAGGGUAAGGGCAAGAGCAAGGGCAAGAGCAAGGGCAAGGGCAAGGCGAGUGUGGCUUUGGGCGCCAACGGGUCGGGCGGACCUCCGAUGAAGGAUGUACUGCGACGGUUCAAGCGGUGGACCAAGACGUACUUGACAAACGCGGUCGACGUCCUGCCGCAAACCGCCAUGCCAAGUACCGUCAUUGUCGGCGAGAACGCUGUUGUCCGCCACGGGUCGAGCGUCUUCCUCGACCGGAUCACCGCGUACAACGAGGCUGAGCUCAAGGACGAUCCGGUGGCGCUCGCGCUUGACAAAGCGCUCAGCUGCUUCUCGGAAGACAACCCUCUGACGACGCUUCCCGGCUUCUCGCCACGCUCGCUCUGGUACCCGUCACUCUCCGAGGUCCUCGACGCUGCUUUUGGCGGCUCGGUCGAGCAGAUGGCGCGAUCGCUGAGCGCGGUCGACGCGUCAACCCGGGCUCACCAGGCUGCGCUCCGUAAGGGGCUUAUUCGCCCGCGCACUCUGACUGCCACGGUGUCCGCGCCUCGUAGUUCCGCUCCUGAACAAGCUCUGGCACCGAUGGACGUCGUCACCGCCCCACCGCAGCGCUCCCAGCCCCCGCCGGUUUCGACCCGGACCCGUGCCGUUCAAACUGAGAUCACCCACGUCCAGAGCAAGACUGCCCGCCGCUGGGACGACGUCCAGCGGGUCUCGAGUGAGCUUGACGCCGGCAUCAUCCCCAAGAAUGUCUACGCCGAUCAGCUCAAUCCCAAGCGCACCUUUGAGCACUUUAUCUCCCGAUCGCCGACCAAGACCGCAACCCGUCCCACGGCACCGCUCGCUACCAUCGCUGCUACAGUCGCCACUGCUGCUCCUGCUGCUGGUGAGCCGAAGGACAGCUCUGUCAACACUCUCACGAGCGCGAUGAAUCCUGCUCCGAGCGAUGCACUUCGCAAUCCGGCUGCACUCAGCACUGGCAAGCGCGGGCGCGACGAGGCGGACGAGGCCACUGGCACCGCAGCUGGUCACGGGCCCGGGCCCGUGCCCAAGAAGGCCAAGCCGAUGGAAGGGCCGCAGCUCAAGCUGAGCGCACCCAUGGCCGCGCCCGCACCUGGACCUGUGGCGGAGACGCCGGCGCCAUCGAUGACGGUGGCCGAGAUGGUGGCGGCGGCUACAGCAGCGGCAACAACCGCGGCAGCGGUGUUGGGCACAGGAGGACCCGCAGGCCGCUCCACCGUAUCUGCAACACCAGCUGGAGCGGCGGUACCGCCGCGAGCGUGCAUUGCUUCGACUGCCAGUGUCUCUUCAGCGCCGCCGCUGGCUGCCGAAUCCCGGCCACCGCCACCGCCGCCGCCACCGCCUCCGUCGCUGCCGCUGCCACCCCCGCCACCAUCUGUCCCUACCGGGGUUGAAGCGGCGAUGGCGAAUGAGGACGGCGGGCCGAAAAUGAUGCUCAAAGGCGAGGAGCGGUGGACGAGCGGGACUUACGUCAAUUGCGAUGUGCGCUACUUUAAUCUCAAGUGCCUCGGCAAGUUUGACAUGGUGUACAUCGACCCGCCGUGGCGGAUCCGCGGCAACCAGGUGAUGCCGGAGGACGGGCACAUCUUCUCCAACUCGCAGCGGCGACGUAACUACGACACGCUCUCGAACACCGACAUCUACGACCUUGAGAUUGGCGAGCUGGUCGACACCGGGCUCAUUUUCAUGUGGACGGUCACGUCGCAGCUCAAGGUGGCGCUGCAGUGUCUCGAGCACUGGGGCUUUGACUUUAUCGACAAGAUCACCUGGGUCCGGCUCACCCACCGCGAUAACGUGGCCAUGGGCCUUGGCUACUACUUUCUGCACUCGUCAGAAAUCUGUCUGGUCGGCGCCAAGUCGCGGCCAGGUGCGCGUCUGGAGAUCAUUCCCAAGAUCUCGAACGAUCUUUUGUUUGCUCGGGUGGGCAAGCCAUCCGAAAAGCCGGUCGAGAUGUACGACAUCAUGGAGCGGAUGAUGCCCGGCGGGCGCAAGAUCGAGAUUUUUGCCCGAAACAACAACCUGCGGCGUGGGUGGCUCUCGGUGGGCAACCUGCUCGGGCCCAACUUUGAGUACGUCAAGGAUCGGGUGAUGUGUGACGAAUGUGCGGCCGGCAUCCCCAUCGGAACGCGGCGGUUCAAGUCGCGGAGCGUGCCGAACCGUGACGUGUGUGCCGAGUGCUUUGCCGGCACCGGCGAGCCAGCACACAACUACUUUGAGCUCGAGCACGCCAUCGCGGUCAUGGUCUUCCACAACAACUACACCUGUGAUAUGUGUGGGAUGAACCCGAUCUGCGGUAUCCGCUUUUCAUGCUCGCGCUGCGAGUACGACCUCUGCGAAGGCUGCUUCGAUUUUUCUGUCACCACCUGGGCGGCGGCUGCCGGCGCGGCGUCGCCGUCGGCGGCAGAGCCGUCGAUCUUCCACACUCCCGACAAAAAGUCGACUCGUGUGAGGUCGGCCACCCACGAUCCGGCGCAUGCCUUUCUCGCCUACGAGGACAUGGACGACUCGGGCGGCCUGCCCAAGCACCAUGCGCGCUGCACCUCGUGCUUUGACUUUCCAUUGUCGGCUACCGGUUCUUCUGCGUCGACUGCAAACGGGUCUCGCUCUGCCAAAAGUGCUUCUUCCGCCAUGCGGUUGCUCGACCGGCCGCGCGAGUCGUGCAUCUGUCCGCGCUGCGUCAUCGAUGUCCACGCCACCGAGCGCGCCCUCGUCCGCGAGCUGCCGUCGGUCCGGGUUGCCGAUCGCGCGCUUGUCCUCGCCCAGCGUGCGGCAUCGGCCGCUGCCGCCGACGAGAUAAUUCAUGAUGCGGUGAGCGAUGUCGCGCAAGGCGUCGCGGCCGACGCCGUAGCCGACGCUGUUGCCGAGACGAUGAUCGACGACGCAGCGGCGGCCGUAGCGGCCGAGUCGAUGGCCGGGUAG